AUGCAAAUCGAUGAAGCCCUCAGGCAAUCCUGUGGAAUAUCAGCCAGACGAUACUUCUUGGUUGUUGUCAUGGACGAUGGAAGCCCUCAAACCUUCUCUGGACCCGGCACCUCGGGAGUCCGAAGUGGCUACGAGAAACAGUUCUUUGACAUGGACAAGUACUUGAAGGUGGUGGAUCGGUUGGAUUCUGGAGCGAGUCCUGUUAUCAACGACGACUACAGUUUCGACGGGUACAAACAAUCUAUGGAUUUCCCCCGCAACCGUAUGGUGGAUCGCCGACGAAUGUCUCAAUUCGAUGACUGGGACACGCCAUCGCGACAGGGUCGAAAAAGACCACGGGCUCGACAUGCCGUCGUUGAAGAUGACGACGUUCACAUGACUGUAGCAACGACAGUCAGGAAGGGCAUCAAGAUCGGAAACGCCAGUGACGUUGGCUUGUUUUAUGAGACGCGCUUCAAAAACUGCCAACAGACGGCUUGCAAACUUAUGGCCAAGGCAUGGGUCAAGGCCGUGGAGCCAAAGAAGCAAUCCACACAUCCUUAUACAGGAAGUGACGAGAAAGCGCCUGACUGGUGGCCAAAGCCUUGGGGCCCGACCAAAGAAGAUAAGGUUCGCCACAAAGAGCCAGACCAUCUCUAUAAGCGAGAACGAGUCCAUCUUCUUAACCACAUCCUCAGAAUGAUCGUGGAACCCAACGAGAGGCAACAUCCCGAUAUUCAGAAGUUGAAGCUCAACGUCAAGAAGCUUGAAGAAAUUACCAUUGAGGCGCUGUCGGGCUUUUUCGCAGACAAGGAUAUUCCAGCAAACGCAAAGAAACGCCCCUUUCUCAAUGAAAUCUUCAAGGUGGCAAAGCAAGAAGAACGGUUUAAGAAGGGAGAGAUUGAUGGAACCACUGAAGUCUUCGUGAUGGCUGACGACAAGAUUCCUGAAUCAUACGCAUCUGGCAAUGAAGACCACGGACCCAUUUUCAAGGAAGAAGAAGACCACGACGUGCCGCCCAAUAAGCUAGCAGCAGUCCAUGGACUUAUGCCAUCUUCGAACAAUCAUAGCUCCGGUGCAUCACUUCACGGAACACCGUUCCUUGGCGGAGAAUUACCUGUAAGAGGCAAUCAAUAUACUCCCUCAACGAUGCCGGAAAUGCCACAGGAUCAACAUGCCUUUGUUGAGAACACCGACAUAGCAGUCAACGGCCAAGCUGCAGUGCACGCCACUGGUGGCAACCUGACUAUGGACAUUGGUGUGCCCCCUGCACACGACGCCAGUCGUCGGGCUUCCAUCUUUAGUGCCCAUUCAGAGUAUGGGGGUCAGAAUGGCACGGCAAUGUACACUCAACAGUGGCAGCCUGGCUCAACAGCUCCCAACUCUUCGUCCAUGUACACUUUCACACAGCAGCCGCCCAGUCAACCAGCGCCAACCUUUGUCAGUCCCGGUGUUCCUAUGAACCAGGCCCAGCCUUAUAUGAAUGCUUCUUUCGACGGUCUUACACGCGGAUACGAUCCUAGUCAACCUCCUAUGUUCCGGACAGGCAGCGUGCCACAACCCCAGCAGGUACAUGCGACCCAAGGUUACGAUUACAUGUCACAUGACAAUCGAGGACUCCCCGGCGUGAAAGUGGACGAUGUACCCCGACAUGCCAUGCAUUAG